CAAGACCCCAAGCCGGAAGUGCUCUUAUCCACAUCCCCACGCCCUUCCCUCCUUUCUGAACUCGUUGAGAACCCAUGACACAGUUCUUAACAAAAUCCACAGCCGUUUUCUGCUAUCAAAUGGUGGCGCUCGUUUCUUCAACGACCCCCGUUCGGUCCAUUUUCUGGCCCAAUCCCAAUACUCCCAAAUCCUUGUUCUCCCCUUCGGGUUGUUUCCAGAAGGAUUCGAUUGCGUGAAGUGCCGCUCCAGCAAUGUUAAUGUGUACUCGUGGAGCUCAGCUGCAUACUACGGCAGGUUUCAUCACGACGCCAUUAAAUUAUGUGGCAAACCCGUUAUUGUUAAACAUUUGCUACAUAAGAGGCAAGUUCGUUUAUAAAAAUAACUUUCUAUGUGUUGGAAGAAAUGCUGCAGCGAGUUUCUAAGAUAGAAUUUCUGUGGGUUUUUCUUUCUUUUUCAUUUUUGGGUUUUUUGAAAUAUGUUUAUUGUUUUGGAACGUGGAGAGUUGGAAUUGUGAGGUGUGCAACCAUUGAAGAAAUCGAAGCAGAGAAAUCUUCCAUUGAGAAAGAUGCAGUGAGUUUCUUUAUAAAUUCAAGUAAAGCAAGGGAAUUUUUUUUUAACAGAAAGGGAAUAUUAUUUUGUUUUUAUCAGAAAGCAAGAAUGGAGAAGACAAUUGAGGCAGUUCGAACUAAUUUCAAUUCCAUUAGAACAGGGAGGGCAAACCCAGUAAUGCUUGACAAAGUUGAGGUGGAAUAUUAUGGAACUCCAGUCAGCUUAAAGAGUAUUGCCCAAAUAAUUACACCUGAUUCAAGUUCUCUGUUGAUUCAAUCCUAUGACAAAUCCAGCUUAAAGGCUAUGGAGAAAGCUGUAGUCAAUUCUGAUCUUGGUAUGACUCCAAACAAUGAUGGUGAAGUCAUUCGCUUGUCUCUUCCUCAACUAACAACUGAAAGAAGAAAGGAAUUGUCAAAAGUUGUGGCCAAACAAGCUGAACAAGGGAAGGUGGCAGUGAGGAAUGUAAGAAGAGAUGCCCUUAAAGCCUAUGAAAAGCUUGAGAAGGAGAAAAAGCUUUCUGAAGACAAUGUGAAGGACUUAUCAAGUGAUUUGCAGAAUCAAGGGAAGAAGUGCUUUUGUCACUAUAAGGUAGAACAUAGUAUGCAAUUGCAUGUUCGUCAUGAAACAAUUAGCACCCAAUGGCUUGGAUCAAGUGCUGAGGUGAUCCAUAAUGUAUGGGAAACUUACAGAUGAGUAUGUGAAGAAGAUUGAUAGCCUCUACAAGCAGAAAGAGAAGAUUCAUUGAUGGCAUCCAUCCAUACUGUCGUGGCUGGACAUCAAACAUAAACACGUUCUUAUUAAGAUUGUUAGCCCUGUACAGUUUGUCCGUUUCCAAUUAUCGUGGUCCUUGGUGAUUUUAAAGCCAUCUGAUCUGAGAACUCUGUGCUGCAUAACUAGCCAAGAUUCUUAGCCUUUGUUCUGUUUUGACGUAGAAAGUCAAAUGGCAAAUAUGGGACCAGCGCCCUAGUUUGACAAUUUUGGUUUAGAAAGUUUUAAUGUGAAUUGACUUCUUGAAUCCUUCUGAAGAGACGGUGCAUUUGCCCUACACAUUCUUGCUCUUUGCGAUAGAAUUGCUGUUCAUAUCAGAUUGAAGCUAUCUGAUUUUCAUGUGGUGUAUAACUAGCUACAUCACUGGUCUUCGUUUUGUUUUUUGAUCCACAAAGUAUGGGAAAUUUGUGGACCAGCAUUUGGCCCAAGUUUGACAAUGUUGUGCGCUUCAAAAUGUUUUGAUGCUGUAUCAUAACCAAUGUCUUAAACCCUAGUGCUACUACUACAACCACUAUUUUCCCGGUACAAAUGCAUGUGCUUUAUUUUUUAGUUGUGGAAGCAGGUGAGAUUUAAAAGUUUGGGGUUUUCUGCAUCCUGC